AUGGCUGCCGUGAGAUUGCGCAAGGCUUUUCGAUAUCCUGAUGAAUCAGAUGGUGAGCGUGAGGAGCUGGACGAGGAGGAGCAGGAACAGGUCAUCGAACAGUUGCAGAGCCAGAACGAUGCCCGCAAUGCUCAGUACAGUAUGGUGCUUACUGCGCUCCCAUUGGUGACUACCGUGGUCUUUAUACCAUCGGUACUAUCAACCUCAAAUCAUGUUGAACGGCUGCUCUCUCUCAUUGGAAUGGUUGCAUUGUUGGCAACGGCCUACAUCAUGAGAAGCUACCCGCUUCAGCCAGAUCGCAAAGGCAAGAAGCCCAUGACCAUGCAUAAUGAGCGGAUGGCUCGUUUGCAUGGGGCUCUGAUGCCUGGUACCAGUGCAAUCUGCUUGACACUCGCUCUUGUAUCUCUCUCUGCUGGAUCGUCAUGGGGCAUUCAACCAGUGCUUUAUUUGAUACCCGGAGCCAUGCUUGUGACGAUUCUUCUCGCGCAAAGGGUGAUGCGCUCUGUAGACGUCACAUCUCUCAAAAAUUUACAGUACGAAUACAAAGGUGCUUAG